AUGCUGUUACAUCUCUCCAAACUACCUGACGUUCUCUCCGACAGCGUACCUUGCAAGGAAAAUGAUAUUCACACCAUUGAAGACAUAGACUUGGGAAACUGCCCCUUGACUUGGCCUCAACAAGCGCAACAAUAUAAGCAAGCCAAUACCUUUGCCGCGAUAUACACUUCUGCUCUUUCUCCCUCUAUCACACACGAGCGGAAGAGUAUGCAGCACACAACACUCCACUGCCUCUCGCAAGCCCCCGAGGUGGAGAUAUCUACUCACCGACAGAUCCGUCGCGCGGGCAUCCACAUCCCUGCCGCCUCUGCAUGGCUACUACACGCAGCACCUCGAAUCUUGAAAUUUUGCAACAGCAAGGAAUUGUAUCACGGUAAUUUGGAAUGGAGAAGUUGGCUGGGAGGUAGUGAUGGAGGAAAGUGUUUGUGGAGUGGUGACGAGGGGUUUAGUGUUGAGCGAUGGGUGUUUUGGAAGCACAGGUUUGGGGUUGUGGUGGGCUUGGGGCGGAGGGGGUUUGCGAGUCGUGUGGUUGAUGAUGUUGUGGGGUGUGCGAGGCGGGCGGGUAAGGUGAUGCGUGAGGUUGAACAAGAGGAUGGGUUUGCGGUUGAUGGUGUAUUGGGGUUGUUUGGGCGUGAUGACGUUUCGAGUCUGGUGUUAUAG